AUGCACCCGGAUUCAGGCAGCAGCGGAAGAGCUAUCAAAUGGCGGCCUCUGCGUCUGCUGCGGCACCCUCAAUGCCUUUACCGGCUAGCUGCACCAUGGAUCAUCGCGGAAGCGGCUGGUGGUUUUGGCUCUGUUCGUAUCGACCACGGCGCCGUGGAGCAGAUUUACUUGUCUGCACUGCGUGGUACCCCGUUCUUUCCGGGCGACCGUGCCGCACGUCAUCCGCCUCCCGCUUCCUACUCCUGA